GCCGGCUCACAAGUCACGGGCGAACCGAAUUGCGGGCUCAGUGCGCGAGCAAGCGUGAUACGGAAUGAACGUGUGGUGCGUUUUGCGCGGACGUUGACACUGCGAUUAUUUUUUUUAACUUGCGACUUAGCAGCCAGAAUUGUAAACGUUUUGGAGUAUAAAGUUGGACAAAUAAAAAAGUUUUUAUUGUCUAAAGUUUACUUCGAUGCAGUUCGCGCAGAGUUUUGACCAGUAUUUGUGAAUUUCCGUAUAGACGCGUAAAAAGUGACAUUUCGAAACAAAGGACUGUUUUGUACAUUUUCGCAACGCUUGCGAAAUUGUGUUCAAAAAAUAUAAAACUGGCUCAAUCGUGGAGGGCAUAGCAAAAAAACAUUGCCCUCAGCCAACUAGUUCGGACUCAAUCUGUGGUCACCGACCGUAAAAACAAAAACGCAUCAUUUCACUAAAUAUUUCACAAACUUGGACCUGUUCACAUUAGGUUUUCUAAAAAUUCUCGUUAAAAUUAUCGUGAACUUUUCUCAACUUGCUAAAUUACAGUGAGUUUAACCUCAAAAUUCGUGCCUUAGUGAAUCUGUCAAGUUGCACUUUUUAAAUUGUAAAAAGCACUGAAAACCUGGAUCGUAAUUAGUGUCGAGUUGGUUUACAUAAUGUCUACUGCUAUAAUGCAUCAGUCUGCGCUGUAUGAUUUUGGUGAUCUGUUCUUGAAGAACCAAACUCGCCCAGUGCAGACGAUGAAUGGUACACUGAGUAGCGCGCUCGGUCCAGUCGGCGCCACCAACGUUUCUGCCAGCGUCGGUUGGGAUCAGCAUCCCGUCCUCGCGCGAGCGGCGUCCGUGCCAGCACAGCGAGCCCUCGCCGGUCUACUAUCGAGCCUUGGCCAUCGGCGCCUCGAACGCACCACCAGUGAUCCCGCGCCUCCACCGCCCGCCACCAGCCGGUACAAGACCGAACUCUGUCGACCGUUCGAAGAAGCCGGUGUUUGCAAAUACGGCGACAAAUGUCAGUUCGCUCACGGCGUGCGCGAGCUCCGAAACCUUCAGCGUCACCCAAAAUACAAGACAGAGCUCUGCCGCACUUUCCACUCCGUGGGGUUCUGCCCGUACGGCCCACGCUGCCACUUCGUUCACAACGCCGAAGAAGCGAGACGUCGCGAGCCAUCUUCGCCGGGCGGAUCUCUGGCGUCUCUAUCGUCGGGUGGCUCUCUCGCGUCCUACAUGAGCGACGGGUCGCGCUCGCCCAGGUCGCCGCAUUCGCCGCUGACUCCGCAGUCCCCUCUAGCGCCGCACUCUCCGCCAGCGAUGUCGCCGCCCGCACACGCCACGUCCUUCGCGUUUCGCCGUACGCAGUCGCCCGAGCUAGAGGAGGAGCGGCUGCCCGUCUUCAAUCGCCUCUCUUCUGCGUUCGGCGAUCUCGUGAUCGCCUAGAAGCGCGAGUGAUCGCCUAGUCCUAAGUCAGCGUAGCGUAUAAGGAUCGUCCGUCACCUUCGUGCCUCUUCGACGUCUUCCAGCCGCGCCCGAGCGACGUCCCGCUCGACGCGCCUCGCGCCCUCACCCGCUCAACGAAUGAUCUCCAGUUUACCGAUGCUCCUGUAAUAUUGUAAAGUUAAACAAGUGUACACUGGCGUCUCGAAAGUUUGCGGUGUGAAUAUAUAGUAGUUUUACAUCUUUUUAGUUAUCGGCACGCACUUGUAAAUGACACCUUAUAUUAUUAGAUAUUUAUUAUGUAGCUCGCGGAAGUCUUCCCGAUGCGAUCCUCCGCCGAGCGGUGGUCUCUGUAAAGUUAGCUUAUAGUAACGUUUUAUUUAUUUCAUACUGCCUGUCCGCGCUCGGUACCGUACCGCGAGAAGGCGCUCGUGAUCUAUUUUUAAGGAUAUAAGAUAAUAAUUUAUUAUUUAUUUCGAGUCUCUUUAACUUUAAUUAUAUUAUUUUGUAGUUGCGAUGCCACACCGCACACGGACGAGGCACGCGUCGACGGGACGGUGCUCGUUACUCGACCUCAGCUCGACUGAUUCCUCUCGACGGUGCCUUAUCUGAGCAAAUGCCUACCCGACGGAAUCAGCCGAAGCGACGCCGAUGGAGCUCAGGAGACAGACGGGCUUAUGAACUACAUCGUUUUAAUCAACUAUCAGCUCGAACAUCGUAGUCUUACUGUCAGUGCCGGCCUGACAAUCCGAGGCCGACAUCGCCGCUAGUCGUAUCAACGAUCCGAAGCUCAUUUAAGAAGCAUCGGAAAGAUCCUGCGGCGCGCCGCCUCCAGCGGCACGUCUGCGAGGAUUUUUCCUUUUUGCGUCGGACGAGCGCGGCGAGCUCUCAAACCUGUUUUGAAGUUUUGGUGAUUGUUUUUUUCGUCCUCGCGCCCGCUCUCGGGUCUCUCUCGCUCCAGCGCUUGACGAGAUCGCGCUCGAACGAACGCAAAAAAUGACAGGUAUCCGAGAAUAAGCCCGUCGUCCUCCCGACACUCCGUACACCGAUAUACCUGUAUUGUAUAAAGAUAUAGUGACGACAAUAGUAUAUGAAGCAUAUCGACAGUGGCCCUCGCGGCCGGCCCUCCCCCUCGCGCUUCCACGCCGCGUCCGCGCGGGCCCUCCGAAUGAGUGCCUUUUACAUUUUAACAAAUAAAUCGAUUAUAAUAUUUAAUUUUUAGUUGAUCGAGAUAGAAUGAUUUUUAUUUAUUGUUUCUUUUGAAUAUAAUAUUCAAAUUGGCGCAGUUAUUACUUUAGUACUUUGACAAAUAAUCGAGAUAUUGAUUAUUUUUAUUUAUUGACUCUUUAAUAAUAUAAUAUUCAAAUUGUCGCAGUAAUUACUUCUUGUACUUUGACAGAGCUAAGUGAUUUGCUUCGACGUAGAAUAGUUUUGAAUUUAAAGUGUGAUAUUUUGUAAUAUUUAUAUAACAAAGUUUAAUGUUUUAAGGGACCAAUAUUUGAUUAGGAGAAAUUCUGAUAGAACCAGCCAGAUACGCUUUUUUGAGACUUACCAGAAAGUGAUUCUCCUGACCUCGAGUAAAGUAUUUUUUUACAUGUCAGAGCUAAGACUUUUGUACAAUUAAUAAAAACAUUCGAAACCAUAGUGGUUUUUCUUUCUUAACUUAUAAGCAGACCAAACCGAGAUGGUGGUAUUAUGUAUUUUGUUUUCUUGAAGUAUUUUGUAUUUAGUUUCAGUUUUUCUCCAUCUCAAAAAAAGUUGCAUGGUUGAGAGCAGAAUGAUAAUAAUUUUGUACCUAAUGUUAAGGUUUAGUUUUAAGCGUUUUUUUUUUCAUAAAGUUCGCGAAUAUUAUUUAUUAUCAGUUCAUUACGAAUUAUAAACCAUUAAAGCUGAUUUAUUUAAUUUCUUUUGUAUUUAAAACGAUCGAUAUGUUCGUUUUCAAGUACAACGAUAACUUGUAACUUAAUGUUAGUAAUAUAUUAUCAUGAGUCAUUUAAUAUAACAAGCAUUAGUUUAAAUACUAUAGUACCUAUGUCAGUUGUAAUUAAGUAUUUAAUUUUUUAUUUAAUUUCAUUUGUAAGUUAAUCUUCCAAAAAAUUUACUUCACUUUUUUUUUACUUACGGUCAAAAAAAUUAAGGCUUGUUUAUGACAUUUUCUUGUAAGUUUUCCUUAUUUCCAUCUGCAUUUUUAUUGAAUUAUACCCAAAAUAUGUUAAAUAUU